AAACCUCAUCUCCUUGCUCUUCGACUGCUGGACUAAAACGCAGUACGAGCGUCUCGCGUUUCGCUCUAAACGACUCAAAGAAAUGGUAGUAGUUCUGAGACUGCCCUCGCUUACUUCACUAUUUGCCUCUCCCUCCAUCUCUCGCAGGUCUCCGGCGAUUCUACGCCGCCGCCUCCGUAUCCUGCCGCCUUUACGUGCGGCUGGAUUUUCUGCUCAGAGCGCUGCCUCGAGUCCGCCGGGGACAGAGGAACAAACUGAUUAUCUGAAGAAUAAAGUGAGUCAAGAGCGAGUUAAACAGGACCGUGUCAUCACGCCUAGGUCUCAGGACUUCAAUGCAUGGUACCUCGAUGUUAUUGCCAACGCAGAGCUUGCUGAUUACGGUCCGGUUCGUGGAACCAUGGUUAUUAGACCAUACGGUUACGCUAUUUGGGAGGCAAUUCAGGAUUAUUUGAAUGUUAAGUUCAAGGAGACUGGGCAUAGUAAUAUGUAUUUUCCACAGUUUAUACCGUACUCUUUCAUAGAGAAAGAAGCAAGCCAUGUAGAGGGAUUCAGUCCAGAAUUGGCUCUUGUGACCAUUGGAGGGGGUAAGGAACUAGAAGAAAAACUUGUGGUUCGACCGACUAGUGAAACCAUUGUGAAUCAUAUGUUUACCCAGUGGAUUCAUAGUUACCGUGAUCUUCCUCUAAUGAUUAAUCAGUGGGCAAAUGUCACACGGUGGGAGAUGCGUACUAAACCAUUUGUGAGGACUCUUGAAUUUCUAUGGCAGGAGGGUCACACUGCUCAUGCCUCUCUAGAAGAGGCUGAAAAGGAGGCAAUGCAGAUGAUUGACAUCUACACAAAGUUUGCUUAUGAGCAAGCGGCAAUACCUGUCAUUCCUGGUCGAAAAUCAAAAGUGGAAACUUUUGCUGGUGCUUCAAAGACCUACACAAUAGAGGCUAUGAUGGGGGAUAGGAAGGCAUUACAGGCUGGAACUAGCCACAACCUUGGGCAAAAUUUCUCUCGUGCAUUUGGAACAGAGUUUAUGGAUGAAAAUGGACAAAGGCAACAUGUUUGGCAGACAUCAUGGGCUAUCAGUACACGGUUUGUCGGUGGUAUCAUCAUGACCCAUGGAGAUGAUGCUGGGCUAAUGCUUCCCCCAAAGGUUGCACCUAUACAGGUGGUAAUCAUACCAAUUUGGAAGAAUGCUGAAGAGAAAACAGGAGUUAUCAAUGCGGCAUUGUCGGUAAAAGAAGCUUUGCAGAAGUCAGGGAUUAAAGUUAAACUUGAUGACUCAGAACAACGAACUCCUGGUUGGAAGUUUAACUUCUGGGAAAUGAAGGGAGUCCCCUUGAGGAUUGAAAUUGGUCCACGUGAUGUUUCCAGUGGUAGUGUGGUCAUGUCAAGACGAGAUAUUCCUGGAAAGCAAGGGAAAGUUUUUGGCAUAUCUAUGGAACCUCCAACUUUGGAAGCUUAUGUGAAAGACAAGUUGGAUGAGAUCCAAUCAGCCCUUUUGGGAAAGGCGAUAUCAUUUCGAGAUAGUAAUAUUGUGGAUGUGAGCUCUUACAACGAACUUAAAGAAGCAAUAAACAACUGCAUGUGGGCAAGGGGUCCUUGGUCAGCUAGUGAUGCGGAUGAAUUAAGAGUGAAAGAAGAAACAGGGGCAACCAUUAGGUGUUUCCCUUUUGAUCAACCCCAGGGGAAUAAGACAUGCUUGAUGACUGGUAAACCAGCUGAGGAAGUUGCCAUUUUUGCAAAAUCAUAUUGACCCAACCAUCCAAAUGAUAGCUUUUGUUGCUGCAGUUGUUAAGGUCUCUUCUUCAUCUUCCCUUAUAAUCUCGAUUACUUUAAGUCAAACUUCGUAAUUGUGUUUUAAUUGUUUAUCCUGGAUGGUUGAAGCCUGGUGAUGUUAUCAUGAUUUUUAUUCCCCUUGACAUAUUGAGACGACAGAGGGUUUAUACUUUAUAGGAGGGAGGUGCUAUUUUACAGUCUGACACUGAUAAAUUUGAAGUAAUUAUACUUGUACAAUAUGUCAAUUUCUUUUUGGUUGAUGUUCCUUAUUCAGGGACUGACAUUAUGUAAUUCAGCUGCUGUUUGGAUCACCGGAACAAGAAACCUUUUAUCCCAUUUAAAUUUUCGGAUAUCCUGGGACAAAUUUCAAGUAAUUAUAAAUCUCUAAUAUUAUAGUUA